CCAGUUUUUGCCCCCCCCCCCCCGGCGCAGCGCGCCCGCGAUGCCGCGCCAAUACAGGCCUCGCGGCACCGCGCACCGCGCGCUGGCCGCUCGAGGCGGCCCCGACCGUGACGCGGGGGAGAUGACGGCCGCCGCGCCCGGCGCCGAGCCCUUAGCGACCGCACCGUACCGCCGGAACCAGGAGCUCCGCGCGGCGCCGGGCGUCGCGGCGCGGGCCGCGCCCGCGCCGUCGGCCUCCCCGCGCGGCGAGGCGCUGCCGCCGCAGGUCGCCGCUCGCGCCCGCCGCGGCGGGCUGCCGCCCGCGGACGCGCCGCGCAGCACCGUCGCGGCCGUGCCGCGCAGCGGCCCCACGCCCUGGGGCACCCCGUCCACCACCGCGAGCGGGGCGCCGUCGAGCUGGGCGCUCAGCGACGACGAGCAAGAGGGCUCCGAGGCGCCGCGUGUCUGGGCGCUGCGGGGUGGCGGCGAGCCCGCGAGGGCAUGGAGGGUCAAGAACACUCUCCUGGAGCUCUACCUGCUCGAGGAUUGCAGUGAACGCCCCCGGCGGGCGCGCUCCGCGCCGCCGCCUGCGCGCGCCUCGGGCGAGUGCCAGGCAGAGGCCGCGUCGGAGUCUUCGGGCAAAGAGCAGUUCGCCGAAGUCGUGAGCGCUCCUCGCGUGCCGACGGUGGGCUCGGCGCUGCACAUGUCCAACAAAUGCAGGCCUUGCGCGUUCGUGCUCAGCAGUGGCUGCACCUCUGGCGAGAAUUGUGCCUUCUGUCACCUGUGCGGCCCAGAUGCAAAGAAGCGUCGCCAGAGGGAGCGCUGGGAUGAGAAGCGCCGCGCCUGGCGCGCCAGCAAGCGCGGCCUGAGGCUCGCGCCUGCGGGCAGGUGAAGACACUGGGGCGCCCUUGAGCGGCGCACGGGCCAGCGAGACGUAGGGCCUGAUGGUGCCUCUCUGGCUCGUCAGUUGGCCCCCUCCGCCCGUCAGCGUUCGCGCGCCGUGCAGCAGCCGGCUCCGGCGCGCCCCCGCCGCUCGAGCUCGUCUCGGCGGCGCCCCGAGGGCGCGUACCCGGGGGCUUUGGCCGUGGCUUUGGACGCUCCACUGUCGCAGCAGGAUGGAAAGGAAGCCAACAAUCUCUCAAAACCCAUGAUCGCAGUGAUAGUGAACGGCGUGAGUGUUCGAGUUACACCGCGCCGUCUUUUUCGGCCAUCAUUGGUCUGCAACUUAUAGUUUUAGGUCGUUUCUCUCAGCUCCUGCGGUCGCGACUCCACUUCGUCCUCAUCUCUCCUCUUCCUAUCGAAUUCUAGCGAAUGAAUAUUCCUCCCGCUCCCUCCUCCUCCUCCAGGGGAGGGGAAGUGAGAGAGAGAGAGAGAUAGCGCAACCAUUCAGGCCCGAUCUGGGCGUCAUCAUUCACUGCGGCCGCCAACAGAGCUGCGGCCUCACUAGCACCAGAAUGCAACUGCAGGCAUCGUGUCUCGCCUGCGCCUGCCGUUUUUGGCACGGCGCCGUGCAGCGCCUGUUUUCGAGGUGGUAGCCAGCUGGGAGCUGCAAGAUGGGUUCGUACCCUUCUCUUCCUCGAGGCGAGGACGUCCAGUGUCCUUGAGGCUAGAUCGUCAAGUGUUCUGGUCAAUGUAUCGACCAUGCUUCAGAACUGCCCACUCCAUGUGGGCCUCUUGACAUGCAUAGCGUCGUCAGCGUAGUGCACACCCCCGGCAAUGAUGCCAUGUGGCAUCUGUUCGCGGAAAUCCGAGUUCCGAGUUCCCUCCCCCAGCAUU